AUGUUUCAGUCUCUCCGGGUCUACCACGCGCACUCUGCCUCCAUCACCAGCAUCUCCAUCUCCCCGAACCCGCCCCCGCUACCGACAGCGAGGUCUGAGGCCGUGCAAAGGCUCGCUGCGGAAGCUGCCGAAAGCGUCGCAAAGCAGCGUCCAGCAUCCCGCCAGUCAGGCACCUCGCCAGCGGCUGCCUCGAGAAGGCCUAAGGAUCCUUCGCCUGUCCCAAACACACCCUCGAACAAUGUUCACAUAGCCACAUCGUCGAUGGACGGCAACGUGUGUGUAUUUUCUCUUGUAGACACCAAAGAUGUUCAAUUGCGGAACUUCGCUCGCCCUGUUCAAGCCGUCGCCCUGUCCCCCGACUACAAGAACGAUCGCACGUAUCUCUCAGGUGGCCUCGCUGGCCAGCUCAUUCUUACUUCCGGCGGGCAGCCUGGCCGAAGUACCUCAACAACUGUAGGUACCGCAGCCGCCACAGCAUCUGGCUGGCUGGGCAGUAUGGGGCUGGGAACGAACACGGGCAAGGAUACAAUCCUGCAUUCCGGCGAAGGUACCAUUAGCACCAUCAAGUGGUCGUUAUCCGGCAAAUACGUUGUUUGGCUCAACGAGCACGGCGUCAAGAUCAUGCGUUCCAAGCUGCAUCUCGAGAGCAGCGACGCCGAUGAUGCUUGGAAGCGGAUUGGCCACGUAGAUCGCCCCCAAACAGACGAGUGGGAGACCAUGGCCAGCGUCUGGAAAGGUCGCGUUGAAUGGAUUGAUGAGCAGGCUGUCGAGACCGAAGACGGCGAGGCCGGACGAACAGACGUCGCCGCAACGCCCGCAUCCGAGAGCUUGAGGCAACAAUCAGUAUCGAGCACGAAGAAGAUCGAAAGACUCCUCGUCGGCUGGGGCGGGACCAUUUGGGUCAUUCACAUCCAUCCCGCCAGUGUUGGCACCGGUAAGCGGGCUGGCGAGAAGUCCAUUGGUCGCGCCGAAAUAGCCAAGCACCUUCGCAUGGAUUGCAUCAUUUCUGGAAUUUCGUUAUAUACCCAAAAUCUUCUCCUUGUAUUAGCAUAUGUAUUACCAGACGACGAUGAGGACAGCGACGGCGGCGACGACGACAAGGUCGUCAAGGGCCACAAGUCCAAAAUCUCUUCAGCCUCAACUGCGAGCGAGCCAUCCGGCGGGAUCAAGCGGCGUCAAAACAACCUUCCUCCAGAGCUUCGGCUGAUCGACCUUACUUCGCAAGCCGAAAUCGACAAAGAUGGUCUUAGUGUGAGCAGAUAUGAGAGGCUUUCGUCUGGCGAUUAUCAUCUUGGGGUGCUGCCAGCCCAGAAUGCAGCUUCCGCCGUGGCCUCGUCCAAGGGCGCGUUGGAAGCCAUUACUGGGUUUGGCUCCGACAUGUGGAACGCUGCCAUUAAUCCAAAAGCAUUGUUCAGUUCGGGCGCAAGCAUCAGGAGCGGACACAGCGGAGACGGUGUCUCAAGCACACAGGUUUCGAGCUCUGCAGGCGGCGGCCGAAAGUCAGGAACACCGACAGUCCACCCCAACCUCGUCAAGCCAGGGGUAAAAAUCUUUAUCCACAGUCCGUUUGACUUUAUCCUCGCAACAAAACGGGACCUCGGCGACCAUCUAGGCUGGUUACUGGAGCAUCAGGAGUACCAGAAGGCCUGGGAGCUGCUGGAUGAGCAUCCCGAGAUCAUGAUCUCACCCCCCGAGAACCUUCACGAGCUCGUCCCAGCCACUCCAGAUAAGAAGCAGAGUAGCCAGGAUGAUCUUCUUGAUGACGCCUCGUCUAUCAUGGGGUCCACGGGACUAGCAAGACAUCCGAACUCUUCGGCACAGAAGGAGAAGAGACGCAUCGGCGAGCUAUGGAUACGGGAGCUGAUCGAAGCCGGCAACUGGGCAGAGGCCGGCAAGGUGUGCGGCAAAGUGCUCGGGUCCUCUGAUAGAUGGGAGAAAUGGGUCUGGACGUUUGCCGGUGCCGACAAGUUUGAUGAGAUCACCGACUACAUCCCCUCCGAACCAAUGUACCCGCCCAUCCCCGGCACCAUCUACGAAGUUGUCUUGAACCACUACAUCCAAGUGGACAAGCUCCGUUUCAGAGAGCUGCUUGACCGCUGGUCAACCGAUCUUUUCGACAUCAAGACUGUCACCACUGCUCUGGACAACCAACUCAAGUACCGCGACGUCCGUGAGGAUAGCGUUGAGGGGGGAGAAAAGGGCCGUGACUGGAAGAUCGUAAUGGAGUCUCUGGCACGACUGCACGAGGCCAACGGCCGCUUCCGAGAGUCGCUCAAAUGCUACAUCAAACUUCAGGAUGCGGACUCGGCUUUCCGGUUGAUUCGCGACAACCAUCUUGCCGAAGCGGUCACCGACGACAUUCCUGGGUUCAUCGGACUGCGAGUGCCGAACAACAAGCGCGAAUUCUUGCGGGAGGCCGAUCUGGAAGAGGCCACGUCAGAAGCCAUCACGCUGCUCGUUGACGAGGCGCAGCACGGUCUCGUCAAGCCCUCAGUGGUUGUGUCGCAGCUUCAAGAACAGGAUCUGAGGCUGUACCUGUUCUUCUACCUGCGUGCCCUAUACAAGGGAGAGGGGAUUGAAGAGCAUUUCGGCGAGACUCGAGACAGGCUGUUGAUGGACAGCCAGUCGCAAGUGGAUGAAUUUGCAGACCUUGCCGUUGAACUGUUUGCCAAAUGGGAGCAACCGCUCUUGAUGAGCUUUUUGAAGUCGUCGACUUCGUACAAGUUCGAGAAGGCCGUGCAAGAGUGUGAAAAGUACAAAUACUACGACGAGCUGGUUCAUCUAUACUCCAAGACGGGAGAGAUGAAGCGCGCUCUCUACUUGAUUAUCGACCGGCUGCAAGACGUGAAGAAAGCCAUCGAAUUCGCAAAGCAACAGGACGACCCUGAUCUCUGGGAUGACUUGCUGGACUAUAGCAUGGACAAGCCGAGCUUCAUCCAGGGCCUUCUCGAGGAGGUUGGCACGGCUAUCAACCCCAUCAAGCUCGUCCGUCGCAUCCCCGAAGGACUGGAGAUCCAAGGGCUGAGGGAGGGGUUGAAGCAUAUCAUGAAGGAACACGAGAUCCAGUACAGUAUUAGUUCGGGCGUCGCGCGGGUGCUCCGAAGUGAAGUGGCCGCUGCGCAGAACGAUCUCCGCAGCGGGCAACGCAAGGGCAUCAAGUUCGAGGUUGUCGUCCAAUCAACACAUCACGUGGACGUGCAGGUCAAAGACGUUGUCCACCCGCCAGUCAACGCAGAAGAGGUGGAGGAGAGCUUCUUCAAAGCGCCCAAGGCUGAGCAACCGGGCCACACUCAUGAGCCGCCGAAACCGGGCCAUUGCGCGCAGUGCCAGGAGUCCUUCACUGAGUAUGAAAUGGAAACCUUGGUAGGGUUUGCGUGCGGCCACGUCUUCCACCUGUCUCAUCUGCUGGAGAUGUUAUACCCCGGCAAGAGACAAGAGGCCGACUACGGAAUAAAUAGCGAGGAGUCGAUCCGCAGCGGGUACCGGGUUGGAUCCAAGGUCACCCACGCCCGCUUGCUGAAGGACCGGAUCCGGGAGGGAUGUCCUGUCUGCACACACGUGAGUGAGGUGGCGGCGUAA